AUGGCAGAUGAAUUGAACUCGCUGAUUGCAAGUCAAUCGAUUUUCCAAACGUACUUACCAACCAGUGUUCUGCAGGAACUCAAUCGAGCGCAGGGCAACAAGCUAGUUUGCAAGAACAACACUGAGCUUUACUUUGCCGUGGAUAAUCUUGUCCGGUGCUGCAACAUCAACCCCAUCACCAAAAACUACAAGCUUCUCGAGACGCAUGGAGCCAACUUUGAAAUCGACUCGCUCGUGAUGAACGAGUCAAGCACUUUUCUCGCCGUGGUUGGGGAAACCCACAUCAACGUGGUGUCGUUGCCGACCCAGCUCAACACGAGAUCUACAUUAUCUGUGUUUAUCGAAACUAGCGACUAUAGCAUCGAAAUACCGUCCAAGAUUAAGAAAGUGCUCUGGCAAGGCGUGUGUGCCAAUGACUGCGUGCUAGUGGUGUUGAACGACCAGUCUGAAAUCUUUGCCUUUGACGUGCUCAAAUCUACCACCAUCCCCCAAAUUCACAUCAAAGUGGAGAAUGAAACAAAAGUCAACUCGAUAGCUAUCGGGUCUAGGAGUAAGAUCAGCGACGCGGUAAAAGUGUACGCCGUUACCGAUGAUAAAAUAUUGGCGUUCAACUUGUACACCGCAGCCACCAAGAUUGCCGUAUCGGAGCGUGCCAUUGUUGCAGCCACCGAGGAUGCAGAGCUGACCAUAAGCUUAAUCACGGAGGAAUUUGGCAGCGACCCUAGCAACCUGUUUUUGCUUCGACUGGCCUUGGAACAGCUAGAGUACUAUCGGCACUUGCAGACGCAAUUAAAGUAUAAUGUCAGGGAAGUCAGAGGCGUGUUUUCGAGUGAACCAUACGAGUUGUUUCGAGUUGACUUGAAGCCGAACUUGCCUAUUAGCUAUAAGCCUACUGCUGUUGCCAAUAUCGGAGGCGAGGACAUUGUUGCGUUUGGCGACAAUGAGCAAGUUGCACUCUUUGCUGUCAUCAAAGACGAUACUAUAUCCUAUUUGAUCAAUGUGAUUGGUAGUGGGUUUGUCCAGUGUGAGGCUCCUGCUCAAGCAAGUUACCACAAACCGAAAAAGGGGUUUGGGUUUGUCGACACAUUUGACGAAACCAAUGCCGAACGUUUAUUUUGGGACAGCGAGCUCAACGCAUUGGAUUUCUUACAAUCAGAAAAGUUGCCGGUGAAAGGAUCAGCACCUAGUUUCCAGAGCAUCCCCAAUUGCAAAGACAAGUUUGCAGUUGUCAUUGACUCAAACUUGAUCUUGGUGGAUUGUUCCUGGGUUACAGAGUUGGUUGCAGAUUUGCAAAGCGAAACCGCAAACAAGAGUACCUCCAGGAUCAUCAGACCAAGCUAUAAUCUCCUUUCAUCUGGUUCUUCUGCAAAAGAAGACGAACUUCGCGGAUUCGCACUCGUGAAUAAAUUCAAUCAGGAAGUGGCCAUCGUGGUGAGGGACCAGCUAGAGCUCAUCAAGCUCACCACCGAUGCCCCCGUUGGCCAGCUCCAGACUCCCGCUCAAUCACUUGCCAAGAUCCAAGCAGCGGGGAAAACCAUCCCACCGUUAACCAUAUUACUGGAACCCUUUGAAGAGAUAGAAGCCAACCUCACGACUCUCAAGGCGUCCAUACCGCUAAACAACCCGAGACCCGGUGCAUCGCUCGAACCUACGAUUGAAAACUUGGAAGCUGUCGAUCGAGCCUCCCACGAUGCUUCGAAAAUUGUCUCAAAAUACACUGUGUAUGCCAUCAAACUUCACCAACGAAUCCAGGCGCAAUUAAAGUCGUUGUCUUUACAAGCUGCCAGCCUCGACCAGCUUUCCAAUACAACGCCAUACGAUAAUGACCAAAGAAAGAAAAUCGAACAGCUCAGGCAAAGACAAGCUGAGCUAGAUCUCAGGAUGAAAAUCAUUCGGGACAAGAUUAGCGACAAAGUAUACCAAGCGCAGGACCCUCCGCUUUCGAAUACGGAACUAAAAUACUUUGAGGAGAUUAACACUUGCAAUAAAAUAACGCAGGAUUUGAUUGCAAAGUUGGAAGAUUACAAGGCGCAAGUAGCCAAGGCCGUUAAUAGCAAGGACGAACAAGUAGUAGAAGAAAAAGGUCAUUGUGAAACUGGAGAGACAGAGGAUGUGCAGGUUGAACGAUUGCAGUUGGAGAACAAAGCCAAGAGUUUUCAUUUCCGGCUUAAAUCGCAAGAUGGGGAUAUUCAUGAGAUGAUGGACAAGUUGAGGAUAGUAGUGUAG